ACACGUUUUCCGUGCAGACGUGUGCGACAAACCACUUUACGAUAGCAUCAUGGCGGCGCCCUUGAAAAGAUGUUUUGCCCAGGCAGCUUGCAUUAUUCGAACUUCAGCAGAAUACCAUUGCAGACAACCUGCAAUGUGUAAUAUCAAACUUCAAACCCAUGAAAAUCCUCAACUUCAAAUUAACAAAUUAAAUCUCUUUGUCAAAAGAUACUUUCAUGCAAGUUCUGUGACUCAGAUUUUUCGCAAUACUGAGUUUGAUGAAGUAAACAUGGGAAUCAAAAUGAGGUCUUCUAAAUGGAACAAAUACAAUACAGUUGUGUAUCCACCUACAGAAGAAGAACACCCUAUACGACCAGCGGAGAUUUGUCACUCAAGAUUCAAUAUCAAAUAUAGUCCCAAGAAGAUGUGGUACAUAGCUACAAUGAUUCGUGGAAUGUCUGUGGAUGAAGCAAUGAAACAGCUUAAGUUUCAUAAAAGAAAAGGUGGCCAGUCAGUUCUAGAGGUAUUGGAAGAGGCACAGGAAAUGGCAGUAAGGGAUCACAAUGUGGAGUACAAGUCCAAUCUCUGGAUAUGUGAUUCCUUUGUGGGGAAAGGUGUAGUGGUGAAGGGCCUUCGGAAACACAGGGGCCCACGAUUUGGCAUUGUACACUAUCGCUAUUGCCACUAUUUUGUUCGUUUGAGAGAAGGGAAACCGCCCAAGUAUUAUUAUGCACCACCAAAAACUGGCUUCGAAAAAAUGGAAGAAUACAUUCAAAAACACAGACAAAAGAAAAUCUUACUUGGUCUGUGAAAUACUGCAUAAAACAUUUGAAAAUCUUGAAUAAGAAAUGUAAUUCACAUCCACACCAAUGAUAUAGUCAGUAUCAAACAAAGGUUUAUUGUGACAAUGUCAACAACAUGUACAAAGAUUGGCAAACAGCAGGCCGAAUGGUACAUUAUCGAUGAUGAAAAUAAAUUGCAGUAAAAUUCA